AUACCAUGGCUCAACCACCCCCACCCCCCUCUUGGUAUGACCCCACUCAAUGGGGCAACUUUGGAGGAUCGAGCUCCAGGGGUGGCGGUUUUGAUGGUGGGGACGGCGGGGAUACUCACAUGGGAGACGGGAGCUUUGGAGAAGGCUUCGGAAGCGGCUUUGGAGGCAGUUACUACGGCGGAGAAGGCGGGCACUAGGGACAGUGCUUCAACUAAGUGUGGGGGAGGAGAUUACUCAUGGAACUCAUUUGAUCUCUUGGAGGAAGAAGAAGAAGAGAAAAAGAAGAGGAGAAGAAGAUGAACACUAGAAGACCAUAAAACCCAAGAUGAUAUUUAGCAUUAAAACUCAUAUUUUAUCCUUGGUGGUCUUUGUGUUUUUAUCUUGUUGAAUCUAUUGGAACUCGGGAGUCUCUACACUUGUAAACAUUGAACUUUACUCGAGGACGAGUAAAGAAUUAAGUGUGGG